UUCAGACGCAGAUAUGCAUUUAACUAUCUUCGUUUGCCAUUUCGAACAGUUUACGUUAAGCCAUUGAACGAAAUGAAUGUGGCGAUCGGUGUGAGGAUUACUUGAAUGCCGUUUUCGCGCUCGUAGACACAAAUAUUUAUUAUACUUUACAGUGCACUCCGACGUUAUUAUAAUUCUCUGAGGUCCAAAAUCAACUAUGUUGCCAAAUACAAUUAGUCAGGAUCGCGGCAAGGAUUGGACCAGUCUCCACGAGGCGGCCGCUAAUGGCAAUGAAGAAAUGAUAAAGACGCUGCUUGCCGGGAAUUCGGAUACCGCUGCAAAGGAAGCCAAAUUAGGAAACACACCAUUACAUGAAGUGGCGUCGCGCGGUUUCAGUCGCUCGGUGAAAUUGCUUUGCACACCCAAAGUGACCACCAAACCGACCUCGAAGAGCAAGCAAAAGAAUGAGCCAGCUAAACAAAAUCGGGGGACUGCACAAAAUCCAAUGCUGAGCAUACAGAAUUUUGCCGGUUUCACUGCCUUACAUUUAGCUGCACAAAAUGGCCACAACCAGAGCUGUAGGGAAUUACUUUUGGCUGGCGCCAAUCCAGAUGUUGAGAAUUAUUAUGGCGACACAGCUCUGCACACAGCCUGUCGAUAUGGGCAUGCAGGCGCUGCACGCAUACUCAUUUCAGCCUUCUGCGAUGUGAACAAGAAAAAUCUCAAUGGGGAUACUCCGCUGCAUAUCACCAGUGCUAUGGGUAGGCACAAAUUGUCACGCAUACUUUUGGAGGCGGAAUGCGAAAUUAAUUCACGUAACUCACAAUGUGAGACGCCGCGCGACAUAGCGAUACGUAAGGGCUUCGGAAAAAUAUUAGAUAUUUUAGAUAAUCCGCAUCGCAUACGUAAUAAGAAAAGUAAACCGCCAGCGGGUGAGGAGGACAAAACGAAAGCUGGGCCAUGUACAGCAAAGUCACAUUCGAAUGAGGUGAGUUGGUCACCUUAUGGCUGUCAUUAUUUCCCCGAUAUGCGCGCUUUUCCAUCACCCAAGCUGGAAACGUUACCCAAAGAGCCACUGAAGCGCGGUGAGCAGUACUAUUUGGACCUCGCCGGACACAUACGCAAGGGGCCGAUCGGCAUAGGAAAUAUCUGUUAUUGUGGACCUUUCUUCAAGCAUAUCGAGGAUAAAAUCAAUUCAAAUAAGCGACAUUUGCGAAAAUACGUGCACAAUGCCAAGGAGCAUUUAGAUGACAAAGUACAGGCGUUGGCAGCGCGCACAAACCAUCAAAUUGAGAAGCUGACACGCACCAUGAUCGCUGAUCGUGUAGAAUGCGAGAAUAGACGUAUUUACUUGGAGAACUACUUGAAACGUGGCGAUCCUUUGCGGCUAACAACUGACGUCAUCUCGAAGGGGAAAGAAGCAAGAGAAAUGCUCGAUACGUUGAAACGUUGUCGAAGUCUAGAGUUUCUCGAAAAGGUCGAUAUGUUGGAGAGUAAAAUGGCGAACUCGCGAAGUUUCGAUUUGCUCGACGCCAACGCAAACGAAGCAAGUGGUUUGCUUCACAGAGACGAAGUGAAAUGUUGCCCACAUUCCACGGAUAUGCAAAAUCAAUUAAGCGAAGAUUCGAACAAUGAGUUCUACGAUGUGUCGAAGCGUUUGGGCAGCUUGCUUGCGAAGACUAGCACAUUUUUGAAGGUACCUGCGCAUAAUGAACAAGACUACGAACAGUCGCCGGAAAAGUUAAAAACUCCUGCCCUGGAUAUAGAUACAGGCGAUGGAGCGCUUUGCGCGCGAGUGCAAAAUAUGCAUUUGAGCCCGUCGAACAGCGAGGCAUCUAAUGUCACUCCAGCGCAAAUGAGUUCCGAAACUGGCGUCGUCUCGAGCCCCGAUUAUAAUUGCAAUUUCCAGCUAACACAUGCCGCAGCAAAACGCAAAGCGAUUGCUGCAAUGCCAGAAGAAGAGACAACAGCCUCGUCAACGGCGUCACCGCUCGAUCGGCAACACAGAGAUAAACCGAUUACCGAACGACAGCUAGAGUAUUUGUAUGACAUACAGAAGCGUGGCAGUGUCAUACAGAAUGUGAUAAGCGCAUUACGUAAGAGUCACCAAAGAGCCGAUACCUUGGCGGAUGUGAAGACGCGCAAUGAAUCGGAGUACACACAGGAGGAUAAGCUGCGCUACAAAGAUGAGCUAUUUCAAGUGCAUCGUUUGGCCGAAAGCGACAGUAAAGAAGAGGCGAUGUUGAAAGAGAUUGGGCUACCGCUUGAAAACACGAUCGGCAGAGAACCACACAACCUCGUCAAGAAGUCGGCAUUUGAGUUGAAAAAUUAUACCGAUUAUACCGAUAUUCCAAAUUUGCAAACACAACGUGGCCUCUUGACAACGCCAGCGUACAUCAAACAAGGCACACCUGUGACGCACUAUCAGAAUUCCUCGUACACUGAAAGUCAUCCGGGCGAAGAAUGCUUGGACUCUUUGGAGAUCGUGCAACAGCAACCGCAACUUGAAAGUGCGCAUGGCUCACCAGUGUAUGCGCAACAAAUUUUUGAAGGCAAGCCGGCGGUGGCGCGUGGCUCAACGCCCUCACAUGCCACCGACUCACCAGAUUCACAGAAUUACGUAUUCCAAACGAACUAUUGGCCGGAACGAUAUGUGCCAAAAGAUGCCUACUUUCACGACUUGUCGCAGCGCAAGUGUAGAAUGGCACCACCAAGUGCCGUCCAAGCAACAACAACAGUAGAUGAGAUUUCCGGCUAUACGAAUGCAUUGCCAAAAUUCAAUGUCGCUAACGCCGUCAAAAGCAUAGAAAAUCUGAAUGGCCAAGUACAAGCGAAUACUUACAUACGAGAUCCCACAGUUAGGAGUAGCAUAAAUUCGAAAUCCCACUUGGUGCCGGUAGCAAUUAAGACAAGCCAAAGCCUGGUACCUGGUAGGGUCCAUUCAAGUCAAAGCGGAUGUGCGGAAUGUACCGACGCGGUUUGCAGUGAAAAUUGUGCUUACAGCGAACAGGUUGGCACGGUUAGAGGCGCACAGGCUCAACAAAUGAAUCAUGUGGAGGGACAGCGCGUCUCGCAUGCUACUGAAGCGGGCACUUUUGGAAUGAGUACACAACCAACCGGCUUAAGUGAAACGGGCAUCGUUACAAAAGCAGCAGUGCACAAUGGCGGGCACUACGGCUACAGUCGAGACGAAACUGGUGCACUCGGCGCCAAGACCAGGUUACCUGCGACGGGUUACUAUGCGAGCAAUGUGUCUAGCUUGGUUUGACUUUUAUUGCAAUUAAGGCUUUAGUGUUAAUGUAAAUAGGAAUUAAGUUUUGUAAAUGUGUGUGUGUACAUAUGUAAGCGUGACUUUAUAGAAAUGUAAAUUUAGUUAGUCACAGACUGGACUCGUUAAGCGUAAAAUAUAUUUAUAGUAUAACUGGAAAAAGUAAUUGUGUAUUGCGUAUAAUUUGAAAUGCUCAACUUCGGUAAAGAAAAAAUAUAUCAGUGUUACGUUUCUUGGCACUUAAGUAAAUAUUUAUUCCAAAUCAUGAGCUUCCUACAUAUUCUGCGCCUGGUUUAUUCAUCUGAAUGCACACAUGAAUGCACGUGUGUGUGUGGACUAAAAUAGAAUUAACAUUGAAUUAUCGUCAAAUUGGAAAAUAAAAGAUUGUUUUUCAUACGCUCGGCUCGUACGAGGAAAGCGCGACAAAGUGGGAGAAAGCAAUAAGUGGUUGACAAAAGAUGUUUGUACGUACACAUACAAACAUAUCUAGGUACGUUUUUAAGGAAAAUAUAAAAUACGUCCAUGUAUGGGGAUGUUAUGUACUUGGUUUUAAUGCCAACUAAAGCGCAAUAAUGAUUUACAAUUCAAAGCAUAACAAUAAGAGAUAAUCUUUCCAAAGACAUACACACCCACACGCACCCUGUAAGAAUUUGUGUGAAGAUAUGCCUACUUAUAGGGAAAAAGCUGUUAAAUUGUCAGUAGGAUAACAUUUUUCGUUCGCUUGCAAACGUAUAAAAGUGUCAUUACUUAAGCCGGUCGGGAAUUACAAAGAAACUACACCGGUGUGGAGCACUGAUUUAGAAAAGGUCUACAAAAAGCUAGCUCUGUCUGACUGCGGUUCUUUGACACCUAUUUAAGAGAGGAAUGGAAUAAGGAAUUCUCACUAAACAACUUCGAUACUACAUUCUAUACAGAUGGCAGCAAAAUGGAUUGUGGUGUUGGAGCUGGCGGAAAUACUGGCAAUUGGGGAAGUUUGUAGGCUACUGAUCCCAGAUUUCUCUUUUAAGAGCAAUAUCGCUAUUCUCUCGGAUAGCCAAGCUGCAAUCCAGGCAGCUGUUGGAUUCGACAACAACAACCUCUAAAGUGGUGGAACAAAGUAGGAAUAGCCUUACCACCUUGAGCGAAAACCAUAAAGUAACCUUAAUCUGGGUCCCGGGACAUCGGAGCAUUGAAGAUAACGAAAAAGCAGAUGAACUGGCACCGUUCUUGCAGUACCGGUAUUCACACCAUUAGGUGCAGUUCAGAAUGCAAUUUCCCUAAAAUACCUUCGAAUCGCAGAUUGUAGAUGGAAUUGUGGAACUUUUCCACAUUUAUUUGUGUUUAGUGCACCAACUUCAAAGCUCUAACAGAUACUAUAGAAUCGAAAAACUUUCAAAUGGUGUAGAUAGACUGCAUGAGACAUUUUUCCAAGACACUUAUUUAUGGUGGCGUGAUGGGUACAGCAAUUUUAAUCUGCAACAAGUAAAUGCAUUUUGUUUUUUUUAAGUUUGACAAAUUAUCCACCCAGUGACGUAGCUAUAAGAAAAUGUUACGCAAAUAACACUUAGAUUAAGUUAGCCAGGUUGCUUGCUCCCACAGAAGUUAUUGUAACGUACACCCAUUCUAUUGCCUAUGGUCUCAAUAGCGCAGUAACCCGUCACAAUACCUGUGAGGACGCUGGAAGUGAACCUGUUGAAUCCAAGCAGACAUUUUAUCCUUUUAAGUUUCAGUUUCGGCCAGAGCUUUUCGGAUACCCUACAGUUAGUAGUCAGAGACCACCAUCUAUUGGUUUCCGCGUUUAGGCUCAAGUCAAUCGCAGUGUAUAGUUCGCUCAGAAGAAUACUUUUAUCCACUACCUCAUACUCAGAGCCUUUCUUUACACACUCAUCCGCUCUUUCAUUUCCCUCCACUCGAGAGUGGCCGAGAGCCCAACAAAGUGUGUUGUUGUUGUGUUGGAUAAGCGAGAGCAUCUUGAAUUUAUGCGUGUUGAGGUCAAUGCCUUGAUCGCUGCUUGACUAUCAACGAAAAUGGUAAAGCUUGUUGCAGGUAAGUCCAUCAGUCUUACUGGUCUUGCUGCUUUGCCUAUAGCGUAGACCUCAGCUUGGAACACCUGGAAAAAGACAUAACAUUACUUCUACAAGAAACAACUAAAGGGUUUUCCACUAAGAAGUGUUAUUUUGAUAUUCAAAGAAGAUAUUCGGUGUUUGUGUGGCACGUAGCGCCGUCUUGUUGAAAAUAAACGUUGUCCAGAUCAAUACCAUCCAAUUCCGGCCAUAAAAAAUCGUUAAUCAUCUCUCGAUAGUGCAAUCCAUUCACCGUAACUGUUGCUCCAGCUUCAGUUUCAAAAAAGUAAGAUCUAAUGACUCCGCCGGACCAUAAACCGCACCAAACAGUCACACGUUGAGGAUAGAGAGGCUUUCAACAGUAACUCUUGAAUUUUCUGAGCCCCUGAUCCGACAAUUUUGCUUGUUGACUCAAGAUGAUUUUUCGAUGGAAUUCCGGAUCAUUUUCAUGCAUUUCAACGACCCAAUCAGUAAACACACGACGUUGUUGAUGAUCGGACGGCUUGAGUUAUUGUGUUAACUGGACUUUUUAAGCCCUAAGACCCAAAUCUUUAUACAAAAUACGGUGUGAUGACGUUUGCGGAAUGCCUAAUUCCAAAUUCCAAAUUCUGUAUUGCGGUCCGACAAGGUGCUUCACGAUGACCCAAAAAUAUUUGAAUUUUACGAACCGAUUCAGCCAAAUUUUCCCAAUUUUUAUAGUCAAUUUUAAUAAUUUCAAUGCAUUGUUUAAGCGUUUAUCGUUCCAUUUUUAUUAAUGGCGUAGUUUCUACUUAUCAAAUAUCAAAAAAUGGCAGCUUCAAAAGUGACACCUACAGAAAUAGCGGGCUAUUCAAAAUAACACCUGUUAUUGGCAAACCCUUUAUUUAGGACUGGGGAUUGGCUAAUGUUUUAGCCGAGUGCCAACCGCGUAGCAAUACCGGAGCGAAAAUAAAACCUGUGGAGACGUCAAUAAAUUAUUUCAAUAGUCAGCUAAGAGAUUAUGUCUGUUUUGUCAACUGUUUUUGUACAAAUGAGUUGACUUCAAAUUUUUCUUCAGGCUUCCAAACUCUAAGAAAGAAACAGUUUUCCUAUUGCAAUAGCAGUCAUUCCUCGGCAAACGCUAUAAAUAGAAGAACCAGCUCCUUUCGAACUUGUCAAGAUUUCUUGGUUGUAUAGGAACUAUCUAUCUUUAGAAACCUAACCUAACCUAAAUUGUCUGAACGAAACUGUUUAAGAGCUGUUAGAAACUCAAUAUUUAUCACUUAGUAGCUUAUCAAAAAAUUGCAUGCAUUAAAAACAGUAUCUUUCAAUAAUUUUUCUUACAGGGUGUGUACAAAUGCAUGUACAACGGAAUUAUUUUUCCAGUAACAACUAAAGAAAGCUUGUAGAAAGCUGUUUCGGUGCUUGUACAAGUCAAUUUAGAAUUUUAAAA